AUGGAAGAGGAUCUCCGUCUCCGUCGUGAUUUCCACUCGCCGUCGUUCUCCGAGUUGAAUCGCUCCGGUUUUUACUCUGACUCCUCCGCCACCACCGUCGAUAACGCUCCGUUUCAGGACAAGUCUAGACGAUGGACAGAUCAACUGCAUAAAUUAUAUCUGAGUUCUUUAGAGGCCUCAUUUGUGAAUGAGUUGCAUCGUUCUGUACAUUUACGUGGUUGGAGCUUUCACACUAAUGCUGAUGAAACAUAUAAAUGUAGAACUCUGCAAAAUACACCUACUACUCCUAGACAGUCUCUGGAUCUACAAGAUGGCUGCCAGAAGAAGAUCAACCUUGAAAAAAUUUCUCCCGUGUUAGAGAGCACAGCUGAUUCUCAUGUUCUUACAGGAAGUGAACCGGGACAUGCAAUGCUAGAUAAAGCUUGUAGUUUGAGAGAGCCUUGUACCUAUGACCAUGGAUUACUUUCUGAUGAGGAAAUUCAUGCCAGUGGGAGUUCAUCAUUUGCCAACAAGUCAGCAAGAAGUUGUUUGGAGAAGCAAUGCUCAUUCUAUGGAGAAUCGGGUUGCAGUACUACAGAGGUUGCUGAUCAAAACUUUAAAGAUGAAGUAGCCAGUUCAAGCAGCAGCGUGCCAAUGGCUAAAAGGUUGAAAACAGUUGCAGCUAACGGUUCAAACACCGAUCAAAUUGUACCUUUCGAAAAGUUUCAGACAACUGAUGUUUCAACUAUUAGUAAUGCAACUCCAGAGAAUGAAGGACAUGAACUAAUAUUUCAUCUCCCACAGAGAUAG